AUGAGUAGAUUCUUUGCAACCGGCUCGGAUUCCGAGUCCGAUACAUCGUCCGAGGAAGAACAGGUUAUCCGCCAACCAACAGCGAAUUUCACAUUCAGUGAUGACGAAGAAGACACAAAACGUAUUGUACGGUCACUCAAAGAAAAGCGAUAUGAAGAGUUGACUAUGACAAUUAAACAGAUCAGAAAUCAUAAAAAAAUCAAAGAUAUGAGUAGCUUGCUGACCAGCUUUGAGGAACUCACCCGUGCAUACACAAAAGCAUUCAAUGCAGUUAUAUUGAAAGAAGAAAAUGGAAUAGCUCCACGGUUUUUUGUUCGUUGCUUAGUUGAAAUGGAAGAUUUUAUAAAUGAUGUCUGGGAUGAUCGAGUAGGGCGUAAAAAUUUAUCAAAAAAUAACUCUAAAAGUUUGGCUUCCCUUAGACAAAAAUUUAGGAAGUAUGUUAAAGAUUUUGAGAGUGAUUUAGCUAAAUUCAGAGAAAAUCCUGAUCUCCCAGACCAAGAUGAAGAUCAAAAAGAAGAUGAAGAUGUAGAUUCUGAUGAAAGUGAAAGUGAAGAUGAAGCUCCAGCUGCAUCUUCUAAGAAAACAGAAGAAAAAAUACCCAAGGUACCAAAAACUGGUGGUGAUUCUGACAGUGAAGAUUCUAUUGAUUGGGGUAGUGACUCUGAGAGCUCUUCUUCAAGUAGUGAAGAUGAAGGUCAAUAUCAAAGUAUAAGAGAACGGUUUUUAAAAAAAUCUACAGACAAAGAUGAUGACGAAAAGAAAGAAAAGAAAAAGGAGCGAAAGGAAAAACCUAAAAAACUGAAGCGAGAAGAAGAUGAUGGAAGUGGUUCUGAAUGGCAGACAGUAAACAAAGGGCCAAAUAGCCUAUAUGAAAAACCAAAAAUGUUUGCAAAAGAUGUAGAAAUUACUCCUGAGGCUGUUUUACGUAAAUUAAUAGAAGUAGUUGCCGCUCGUGGAAAGAAGCGUACAGAUCGAAGAGAACAAAUUGAACUGUUACAUGAAUUGUUAUUGAUAUCAGAAGCUCAUAGUUUAGGACUAGGAUUAAGAGUAAAAAUAAAGAUGUCAAUUAUUUCUUCUAUUUUUGAUUACAAUCCGAAAGUUUCUGAUGCUAUGAAGCCAGAAAUUUGGAGCAAAUUAUUGGAUUGUAUUGUUGAACUUUUGGACUUGAUUCUCCCAGUUAAAGACACAAUCUUUAUCGGAGAAUCAGUAGCGGAAGAUGCUGAGACAUUAGACAAGGCGACUUUUAGGGUACGUGGAUGUGUGCUUACAAUUGUUGAACGAUUAGAUGAAGAAUUCACAAAACUUUUGAAAGAAUGUGAUCCUCACAGCAAUGAUUAUGUUCAAAGAUUGAAGGAUGAAAAACGUGUCUGUGACAUCAUUGAUAAAGUUCAACUGUUUCUGGAACACCAAAAUAUUGAGUCUGAAGUCUGUCGUAUUUAUAUGCGUAAAAUCGACCAUCUCUACUACAAAUUUGAUCCACUUGUAUUAAAGCAAAAGAAGGGUGAAAUUCUUGCAUCACAUAAAACAAAUGUUCAAAUAAUGGAAAACUUAUGCAAAUACAUUUAUGACAAAGAUGCUACAGAUCGUUUGAGAACUAGGGCAAUUUUAUGUCAUGUAUAUCAUCAUGCCUUACACGAUAACUGGUUCCAAGCAAGAGAUUUGGUACUUAUGUCUCAUUUACAAGAAACCAUUCAACACUCUGAUCCUGCCACUCAGAUUCUUUACAAUCGUACCAUGGCUCAUAUUGGCUUGUGUGCAUUCCGUCAAGGAAACAUUAAAGAUGCUCACAAUUGUCUGGUUGAUCUAAUGAUGACUGGUAAAGUGAAAGAGUUAUUAGCCCAGGGAUUACUACCACAAAGACAACACGAACGUAGCAAAGAACAAGAAAAAGUGGAAAAACAAAGACAAAUGCCUUUCCAUAUGCAUAUUAAUUUAGAACUCUUAGAAUGCGUGUACCUGGUAUCAGCAAUGCUUAUCGAAAUUCCAUACAUGGCUGCUCAUGAAUUUGAUGCUCGUCGGCGUAUGAUUUCUAAAACAUUUUACCAACAACUACGUUCCAGUGAGCGUCAGUCUUUAGUUGGUCCUCCAGAAUCAAUGAGAGAACAUGUAGUUGCUGCUAGUAAAGCAAUGAGGAAUGGAAAUUGGUCUGCCUCUCGCAAUUUUAUAAUCAACGAGAAAAUGAAUGCUAAGGUAUGGGAAUUGUUCUAUGAAAGUGAUAGAGUCAGAGAUAUGUUAGAACGUUUGAUAAAAGAAGAAUCUUUACGCACAUACCUGUUUACUUAUUCUCAUGUUUAUAACUCUAUUUCAAUGAAAACAUUGUCUGAGAUGUUUGAACUCCCAAAAAGCACCACUCAUUCUAUCAUAUCCAAAAUGAUUAUUAAUGAAGAGUUAAUGGCUUCUCUUGAUGAUCCUACCCAAACAGUUGUAAUGCAUCGUAGUGAACCUAGUAGGUUACAAUCACUUGCUCUGCAACUGGCCGAUAAAGUUAAUAACUUUGUAGAUUCCAAUGAAAGAAUUUUUGAAAUGAAGCAAGGAAACUUUUUCCCAAGAGGAGGUAAUCAAAAUCAAGGAAAUUACAGACAGAACUUUGGGCGACAAGGUGGUGGUGGACAUGGCGGACAUGGUGGGCACGGAGGCCAUGGUGGACAUGGUGGGCACGGAGGCCAUGGUGGACACGGCGGCCAUGGAGGACAUGGAGGACAUGGUGGGCAUGGAGGACAUGGUGGACAAGAUUGGAACAGACAACGACGAGACAACCGUAAUAAUUAUUAA